GUGUAAAAAUCAUGCGUUCAGUUCGACUCGAUUUGUUUACGCCAAAUCUAAUUCGAGAAAAUGACAAGAUGGAACUCCAUAUCUUGGGAUGGUGAUAGUGGAGGAAGAAAGCUUUAUCCACAAAUUCCCAUAACAUCAAAAAAGCUGAAAAACCUCUGCACAUUGCUUGGAGUGGAAUGAAAGCAAAUUAUUCCAACUCUCUAUAAUGGUUUUCAUCAACCUUUCUCAAGUAAAUUUAUUUAUUUUUUCCCAUCUCACCAAACAUUGACACAAACUUCUCACCAAAAUUUGAAGCCACAUUUGCAUUCAUUCCCUUCAAUGAACUAAAAACACUAAAACACAAACCAAAUAACUUCUCUUCAUUCCAUAUCGAAUUCAAAUUUUUGACGAAAUUCGAAGGAAAAAAAAAAUUGUCAUGGCGACGAAAUCGGAUUUUGCGCAGAAGCUACUCCAAGAUCUUCGCAUGCGGAAGGAAAAGAUGUCUGCACCUCAAAAUUCAAGUCGGCAGUCGAGCCAAACAUCUAAAGUUAUGCAAGGAAAUCCCGGGCAGACUUCCAGAGGUUCUCGACGAAUAAAUUCACUAGAAUCGGUAAGUAUUAAAUCACAAGAAUGCCUCAAUGCUGACAUAUAUAUAUACUUUUCUCUCGUCCAGACCGGUUCUAAAAUCGGAAUAACGAGAACAAGGUCGAAUGGAAUCAAUAUGAAGGAAUCUUCAAAUCAGAUGGUUCUCUACAAAAAUCAGCAAACUUCCAAACAAAUUAAAGAUCUAUCGAUGGCGAUAGCAUUUGCAUUCGAAAACACGGCAAAUCGAAAAAAUAUUAAUUCUUCCACCGCUAGCCAGCUCGUCGAUUUCGUCAAUAGAUUUGGCCGGAAAAUGGAAAUAACCACCACCUCUCAGAUUCACAUCACCGAAAUAUCGAAAGGCGUUCAGAAGCUAAACCAGAUUCUACAAGCCUGCUCCGACAACGGAUUCAGCUUCAACAGAAACUCGAUCGAAAUCGGUAAAGAAUUGUUGAAGGGCUCGAUCGACUUAGAGGAGUCUUUACGCAUGCUCGUUAGCUUUCAAGAAUCCUCACAGUCGACGAGUGGGGCCCACAAGACAAAGAGCCAUCUAAAGUUGCUCGAUGAGGAUGAGGACGAUCAAGAAAACAACGACAAAAUAGCCGAUCAAUGGAAACUGGAACGUCCAAAAUUCUCGUUCGAUAAACCCUCAAAGAAAAAGCGACAGCUGGCUUUAUCGUUUCGAGAAGAGGAAAACUUUAGCAACUCGAUAAUGGUUCCUCAUAAAGGCUCUACUAGCUGUGUCCAAGAUUUGAUUUUUACUACACGAGCGAAACUAAAUAAUAGCUCGGGUUCGUCAACGUCCGCAAAAGAGAAGGGGAGAAUAUCGAAUGUGGUAGCUAAACUUAUGGGACUCGAAGAACUUCCGUUGAAUCAAGUUUCCGUAUCCAAGAAAAGUGAUUCGAAUGAGAAACUUUCAAGAAAAGGCAAUCAGAAGAAGGCGACGGUAACCAACGAUACCCCACCGAACGGAAACUCGAAGCUUCAACUAAAUGGAUUUCAGAACUUCGUUGAUAGUGAAACGAAACAAAACAAGAUCGUCGAGUGCAGAACAAGUGCAAAUUCAAUGGAAACGAGGGGUGCGGGCAAACAAAAACGGCCCCUCAUUCAAGAGCCGGUGCUUAAAAGAGCUGAACAUUCCAAAGGACAGCAGUUACAGAAGCAAAAUUUGCCGGCAAAAAAAGAUCAAGACCAACAAGUGGAAUCCACAAUUGCUCCGAAAUCGAAGAAAAGUACAGCAUAUGUACAUGGAAAUAAUGGAAGAUCCACGAAACUAACCGAAAAGAUUCCCAUCAAAGAUCCACCAAAGAGAAGGCAUCAUCAAGAUUCCGUUCCGAUUGCUGAUGUCUCUCAAAAGACUGCAGCAUCCAAGAAGGAGAAUUUCAAGAAAGAAGAUCAAAGUAGUACUUCAUAUACGAGAGCACCACAGUUUGUUCAAGAGAAGCCAAUCGAGAUCUCGGCCCCACAGAAGAAGGCCAACCUUACGAAAGUUCGAAGAAGUGAGAUUCCGCAAAAGACUGAUGCACUGAUGAUAGCUAGACGAAACUCAACUGCGAGCCAAUCGACAAGGACUGUAAAACAGCCAGCUGCCAUUUUGAGAGAUUUGAAGCAACAGAUGCAAAACAAAAACCGUAGCUCUAGAGAAAACGAAGAACAGAGUAACAGCAAAGGCAACGAAACGAAAACAGGCAUGAUUAUCUACAGUGAAUCAGAAAAGAUCAUCGAACCAGUUAACGAACAAGAUAAAUUACGAAAUGAAGGUGGACAGAGCACACAAAUUCUUAAUGAAAAAUGUGAUACUAUAGCCCUCGAUUUUGAAAAAGUUUUGAACGAUCUUCCGACAUCGGAACAUCAUUGUGCUCUUAAGGAUGAACAAGAACUCGAACAAUGUGAUCAAAGCUUAGAACUCGAUAACAUCCGUUCAGACAAACACAAGUACAAGCAAUUGUUCAGACAAGAGCAACUGACGGAACCCGAGAAAGAACUAAAGGAAAUCGUAAUAAAAAGCCAGCAAUUUCUCAGUACAUCGGAGGCGCUUUUCAAGCUCAACAUACCACUCAGCUUCCUCCACGCCACAGACAACGACGAAGUAGUCGUUGUAUCGGACAAGAAGCUCGUACUAGACUCCGCGUACGAAAUAACGAAACGAAAGGCAAGGAGACACGAAAUCACGUACACGAAGAGUGCCGUUAGUUACUACAAGGUGAGGUCGUUAGACGAUUUGGUGAGGCAGCUAUGUCGAGAUUUGGAAAUGCUGAGGCGAUACGGUGGGAACGGCGAACGCGACGAAUGCGGUGAUGUGGCUGCCAGCCUGUACAACAUGGUGUGCAAGGAUUUCUGUAGUGAGUGUAGUGAUGUGAACUGCAUGUGGGAUUUUGAGUGGAGCAGGAUGAUGUGUGUGGUUUCGGAGAAGGAGGGAGUUGUCGGAGAUGUCGAGAGACACGUGUUCGAUGGAUUGGUUAACGAGAUCGUGAAUGAUCUCGUACGUGUUGUUGUUACUGUUUCGGGUUGA